UCAAGGGACAAGGUGGCGGUUUACUGGGGACAGAACUCGUUCGGAUCCUCGGGCCAGCAAGCACAGCAGUCUCUUGCGACGUACUGCGCCAACACGGAUAUCGACAUCAUUCCGAUCUCAUUCCUGCUACAGAUGUCCAGCGGACAGGGCGGCGUCCCGGUGGUCAACUUUGCGAACUCCGGGAACGGUUGCGGAACUUUUGCUGGCACCCAACUUCUUGACUGUCCUCAGAUCAGCAAGGACAUUCAAACAUGCCAGGAUCAGUAUAAGAAGACCAUUCUCCUGUCCAUCGGCGGCGCCACGUACACCGAGGGAGGUUUCAAGACCGAACAAGCCGCCGUGAACAUGGCCAACCUGAUCUGGAACAUGUUUGGACCGCCUGGGACCGCCGCUACUGUUCUCAGACCCUUCCAUAGUGUCUCCGUCGACGGCUUCGACCUCGACAUCGAAGCGCCCACUCAGAACUUCGUCCCCUUCGCUAAGCGUCUCCGAGCUUUGAUGAAUGCUGCCAACACGGACGCCAAUCUCAACCGUCAAUUCUACCUCACCGUGGCUCCCCAGUGUCCCUACCCGGAUGUCAACAACGAUGCUAUGCUCAAUGGUGGUGUGGAGUUCGAUGCCGUCUUCGUUCAAUUCUACAACAACUACUGCGGCAUCCAAUCCUUCAUCCCAGGCGCCGCUACACAGUGGAACUACAAUUUCGACACUUGGAAUAAAUGGGCCGUCAAUGGCUCUGCGAACCCAAACGUCAAGGUGUUCAUCGGUGUUCCGGCCGGCCCAACAGCGGCUGGCUCCGGCUACCUCAGCGUCGCGAACCUGAAGCCUGUCAUUGAGUACAGCAAAAAGUUCUCCAGCUUUGGUGGUAUCAUGGCUUGGGAUGCUUCGCAGGCGUAUGUCAAUACGGGCUUUUUGUCGGGUAUCAAAGCGGCGCUG